AUGACAAAAGUGAAGGAAACUGAAGUCAAUUGCAUUCCAUUGACGACAACAAAUAGUUCAACGCUGAACCCUAUGCAUUCUGUUACAAAUCAUGAAUAUCAUGAAUCGCCAUUAACAAUAAAGAAUUGGUUAAAAAGCAAGAUAAGAAAUCCACAAGAGGGAAUAAAGAAUUACUUUCUAUCAUUCUUUCCAUUUCUAACUUGGAUUUAUCGGUACAAUUUCACAUGGUUCUGGGGUGAUAUUGUUGCGGGUCUAACAGUUGGUGCUAUCGUUAUUCCACAGAGUAUGGCUUAUGCUGGUCUGGCAAAACUAGCACCACAAUUUGGACUAUAUAGUAGUUUUGUAGGUGUGAUGAUCUAUUGGUUCUUUGCAACAAGUAAGGACAUCAGUAUUGGACCAGUAGCUGUCAUGUCAGCCUUGACAGGAAGCAUUCUAGAUGAUAUUUAUCGAGUCUACCCACAAUAUGAACUACAUACGAUCGCUUCUGCACUUGCCUUAUUAAUUGGAUGCAUUGUUUGCUUAUUAGGAAUUCUUCGUCUCGGUUUCAUUGUGGAUUUCAUACCAUUGCCAGCUUUAGCAGCCUUCAUGACCGGAUCAGCACUCAACAUAGCUAUGGGUCAAAUCCCAACCAUGUUUGGAAAUAAUCGAUCGUUUGAUACACGUCAAGCAACAUAUCUUGUUUUUAUAAAUUUCUGGAAGAAUAUAAAAUACUGUAAUUUGAAUGCAGCGCUUGGUUUAACAGCAUUGUUUCUAUUGUAUGCCAUUCGAUUCAUUUGUACACAAGCAGCUAAACGUCAUCCAACUCGAGAAAAACUAUUCUUCUUUAUCAAUACACUUCGCACAGCAUUCGUAAUUUUACUUUAUCUAUUGAUUUCCUGGUUAAUAAAUCGUGAGCAUGUAGAUAAACCACGUACAGCUCUUCUCGGUGCCAUUCCACGAGGUUUUCAAAAUAUGGCUGUACCGUACCUUGAUAGCAAGCUGUUCUUAAAACUUCUGCCCUAUUUACCGUCAACUGUCAUUGUUCUACUUAUCGAACAUAUAGCUAUUGCCAAAUCAUUCGGUCGAAUUAAUAAUUAUGUUAUCGAUCCAAAUCAGGAAUUAGUUGCUAUUGGCGUAACUAAUGUAUUUGGUCCAUUUUUUGGUGCUUAUCCAGCAACUGGCUCAUUUUCUCGAACAGCAAUUAAAUCGAAAGCUGGCGUUCGAACGCCUUUCGCUGGUGUAUUCAGUGGUAUGAUUAUCAUUCUUGCAAUCUAUGUCCUGACACCAGUGUUCUACUGGAUAUCACAAGCUAGUUUAGCAGCUGUAAUUGUACACGCUGUUGGCGAUUUAAUCAUUGAGCCACAUACAUUGAAACAGUUUUGGAAAGUUAGUCCAAUUGAAUUCUUUAUCUUCUGGGCUGGUGUCAUUGUAACAAUAUUUUCCAGUAUUGAAGAUGGCAUUUACGUUAGUAUUGCUACGUCUGGUGCUCUUCUACUUUAUCGUAUUGCUAAAGCACGUGGACAGUUUGUUGGUCGAGUUCAAAUUCAUCAGAUUGUAUUGACAAGUGACAAUGAUACGCGCUCAGCGACAAGAAAUAUCUAUGUACCACUCGAUCGUUCCAAUGGAAUCAAUCCAAUGGUUAUACCCAUUUCACCUGGCAAUGGAAUCUUUAUUUACCGAAUUCAUGAAAGUUUUCUCUACCCAAACGCUGCCCAUUAUACCGAAAAGAUGGUUAAUCAAAUAUUUAUCGAGACACGACGAGGAAAAUCGGAUUGCUACAGAAAUCUCGGACAACAACCAUGGAAUCUACAAACAAGUCGACAUCCCGAAAAAGAUAUUAUACCAAACGAUAGUCGUCCUCGAUUACAUGCACUUAUUCUCGAUUUUACUGGUGUUCCACAUGUAGAUAUAACAGGCCUCCAGAACUUAGUCGAUGUUCGUCGACAACUGGAUGUUUACGCUGAUUGGCACGUGAAUUGGCAUUUUGUUGGCUUAUCAAAUCCAUGGAUAAAACGUGCACUUAUCUCCGCUGGCUUUGGUUCAUCAAAUAAUGGACGUAAUGUUUUCUCCGUUGCACAUGCACCUACUGAUGUCAACCACGAAGAGAUUCAUCUUCAUGAAGAUCAUUCUUCAAGCACAAACACAAUCUUUGUACCUAUUCUCGAUAUCGAUCGGCCAUUGUUUCAUGCGGAUCUGGACGAAGCUUAUGAAGCUGCAGUAAACAGUCUAUCAUCUCGAUAA